UUUAUUCGAACACACACAAAACAAAACGCAAAAUUUCACAUUUCUUCUGCAACACUCUCUCUCCAAUGGAUACAGAAAGCAGAAGAGAAAAAUUCCCAUAAUCUCAUUUUUUUUUUUGAAAAUUAGGGUUUCUGUUUAUUCCUCUUCACAAAAGCUACAGAAGAACAAUUUGAAGGAGGAUGAUGAAGAGGUUGUUGGGUGGACCUGGAACAGUGAGUGGAUUCUUGUUGCGGUUUGGACAAUGUGCAUUUGGUGCUGCUUCCAUUACCGUCAUGGUUACUUCUUUUGGCUUCUCUACCUACACUGCUUUUUGCUAUUUAACCGCAUCAAUGGGACUUCAGGUGCUCUGGAGCUUUGGACUUGCAUGUCUUGAUAUUUAUGCCUUGAGAAAAAAGAGAGACUUACAAAAUCCAAUUCUUGUUAGCUUGUUUGUCGUAGGCGAUUGGGUAACAGCCAUUUUGUCACUAGCAGCUGCAUGCUCAUCAGCAGGAGUCAUAGUUUUAUACACAAAAGACGUGGAUAUGUGCGUGACUCAUAAGAUAAUCCCUUGCCACAGGUACCAGGUUUCUAUAGCCAUGGCUUUCGUCACCUGGUUUCUUACUGCAAUAUCAUCACAUGUGAUGUUUUGGAUAUUGGCCUCAGUCUAGCCUGACUAUCAUACACAUCACAGUUUCUUUGAUAUCUUUCUGACUCGCGGGGCGAAAUUUUCUUUACAAUCCCUUCUCAAAACUCUUGAUAGGUGGUUUUUGAAGUGUCAGUUUAGUAUGCCAGUUAUCGCAGCGAUCUCUUUGCGAUCCAGUUCUUGGUUAAAAAAAAAUCUUGCCUCAAUCUAGUUGUAGAGUUUUGGUUUAAUUUUAGCUUUGGAUAUGAUUCUGUGAUUUUUUCUUAAUGUAGGAAAAUUAUCUCACUCAUGCUACAUUUUUGCUUGCUGUACAUAAUCUUGUUUACUAAUUUAGUAUCCAGGAAACCUUGAAAAGAGAUUCUGGAGUUCUCAUUUCACUUGUUCUUAUGAGUUAUAAAAUUCAUGCUCUUGACAGGGUUAACUAUUACUAGCAGGGGUAUUCAUGGUUCAAUUCAGUUAGAAAAUUGAAUCGAUUUGAACCAAACCAUAGUAAAAGGUCACUUGAACUGAACCAAACUGUUUCAAUUAACAAAGAACCUAACAAAUCAAAAUUAUUGGAUUUGUAUAGUGGUUCAAAAUUUUGAGCCGUACCAAAUCGUUAGAAGAUAUAUUUUUUUU